GAUACUCCACAGAGACCAAGCGACGGCCAUGGGAACCCUUUUCAGAGUCUCACUUCGUCUACUUCCGGUUUCCGCCGCCGUGACAUGUCGCUCGAUCCGAUUCCCCGUUUCGAGACCCGGUUCCUCACACUUAUUGAACCGUAAGCUGUAUAACUUGCCCUCUUCUUCUUCCUCCUCUUUGUCGACAAAAGCCGGUUGGUUAUUGGGUCUGGGGGAGAAGAAAAAGAAAGUGGAUUUACCGGAGAUAGUGGCAGCUGGAGACCCGGUUCUGCACGAGAAAGCCCGAGAAGUUGACCCGGAAGAAAUCGGGUCGGAGCGUAUUCAGAAGAUAAUUGAUGAUAUGAUUAAAGUGAUGAGAUUGGCUCCUGGAGUUGGCCUCGCUGCUCCUCAAAUUGGUGUUCCCUUAAGAAUUAUUGUAUUGGAAGAUACAAAAGAGUAUAUAAGUUACGCACCAAAGGAAGAGAUUCUUGCUCAAGAAAGACGUCAUUUUGAUCUCAUGGUGAUGGUGAAUCCGGUUCUCAAGGAGAGAAGCAACAAGAAAGCUCUCUUCUUUGAAGGAUGUUUGAGUGUUAAUGGAUUCAGAGCUGCGGUGGAGAGAUACCUUGAAGUGGUAGUGACAGGCUACGAUCGUCAAGGAAAGAAGAUCGAAGUGAAUGCUUCAGGUUGGCAAGCAAGGAUUUUGCAACAUGAGUGUGAUCAUUUGGAUGGUAAUCUUUAUGUUGAUAAGAUGGUACCACGCACUUUUAGGACAGUCGACAACUUGGACUUGCCUCUAGCUGAGGGCUGUCCUAAGCUCGGGCCUCAAUGACAAAUUCAUCAAGAAAAGUUGUAAUCUUAUGUUUUGAUUCUUUACUUAAACUCUUCUAGAUUGAGCUUGACUCAAAGAUGAAACUUUGUCGGAAAGAGUUUUUUUUGGGUCAUGGAUUAAAGAUUUUCAUUUAAUAAAAUAUUAUAACUUAA